AUGCCUCACAAGCACAAGCGCAGGCAAAAUGAUGCCAGUACAUACGAUCUCCCACCAACCCUAAUCGCCAAAUCUCUGCCGGUCCGCGACCCAUCAAAGGAAGGAAACGCCAAAAACAAAGGCAAAGGAAAGGGAAAACCAAACGCGAACAACAAAACCCAAAAACCGCAACCGAAAGAUGGGAAAGGCCCCAAGAAGCGGAAAGAGGCUGCAACCUCUAGGCAAAAAUCCGAUCUGGACGAUGAUACACCGCGUGCAUUCCGACAAUUGAUGCAGUCUCAGGCAAAGAAUCAGGCCAAGAUUCAGAAUAAGCGGAAGCGCACUGGCGACGAAGAUGAUAGCGCCGAUUCGAGUAGCGACGACAGCGAUAACAAUGCGCCUGUUGUUUCUCGGAAGGCGAAGACGAAACAAGCCCCUGCCACCUCAACGCAGACAGAAUCAACGGGAAGCAAGACUCAAUCAGCGACUGCACCGAAGAUUCUUCCCGGAGAAAAACUCUCCGACUUCGCUGCCCGCGUGGACCGCGAAAUGCCACUUGCCGACAUGAAGCGCUCCUCGAAGCCGGCUGCGUCUACUGACCUUCCUAAGAUUCGAAACCACCGGGUAACGAAACACGAGAAACACUUGAAACGAUUGCAGGCUCAGUGGCGUGAGGACGAUGCACGGAUUAAAGAGCGCGAGGCGGCGGAGCGGGAAGAUAAAGAGGAGGAGAUGGAGGAGCAAUUGCAGCUUUGGAAAGCCUGGGAGGUUGAGGCGGGCAAGAAAAAGAAGAAUCCUAAUCAGUCUGGUGGAAAGAAGCGGAAAGGUGGAGAUGAUGAUGACGGCCCAGAUCCAUGGGCGAAGUUGAAGAAGAAGAGGGCCGCCGUGAACCCGUUUGAGGUAGCGCAGGAGCCGCCGCAAUUGAAGAAGCCGAGGGAGAUAUUCAAGGUGCGCGGCGGAGCAAAGGUGGAUGUUGCAAACGUUCCUGCUUCGGUGGGAAGUUUGAGGCGAAGGGAGGAACUUGCGAGUGAGAGAAGGAAUAUUGUCGACGAGUACAGGCGGUUGAUGGCAGAGAAGAGGGGAGGAUAA